AAGUCGAUGCCAGCACAUCCGUACGCUCACCGCUAUGACGACUGCAUCUCUAGACUCUCUUACUGAGGAUCAAAUUCGCUUUCGGGAAUGGUUCAACAAUACUGAAGUUCCGCGCUUGCAAUAUCUUCGUGUAUACACGAACGACCCGUAUAAAAAGGGCUGGGGCAAUGCAAUCGUCCACGCAUAUCGAGACCUCAUGCCUCGCAUGGGAAAGGAGCACGAACACGAGUGGUAUGGGAUUAUUAACAUGGUACUGGUCAAGCUCUUCGAUAGCUCCGAGUAUCUCAUAUCCAACCUCGCGUAAGGUUGAACGAGGAGAGUGGCUUGUCUUUUUAUGUGAAAGUGCCUCUUGGUGAAAGGGGGCCAGUGGUGCUCUACUGGGAGGCGAAGCCAAUGGUCUGGGCAAAUAGCCCAGGCUUACGCAAGAGGGCAGACGGGCAAAUGCGCGAUAGAAUGGAAGAGUUGAUGGGUAUACAGUGGAAAUCCCUCCUCAUCGUCGGUGUCUCAACUAUGGGUCCCUGGGCACAAAUCUACACUCUCGUAAACAGAACAUACGAAGAAUGGCCGAUAAGACCACGCCCACCCUCGGGAUUUUCGACCCAGAAUCCUGCCGCCUGGUGGCCCAUGCACACUCAUCAAGAACACAUCAUGCGCGAAAGCGGCUGGAACCGCCUCCAUGAGGUGGUGGACACGAUAAACAC